AUGUCUGUAAACUUCUCGCCGUACCAACCUCCUCCCGACGUCCCUUCGACUGAUCCACCUGAGACGUCAAGUAAGAAAGGAAAAGCGAAACGACCAUGGUUUACCCGUGACCCUUCGUCAUACGCUACGAAUUCGUAUCAAUCAGGAGGAUCAGUAUCAGAUCCAACAUCUAUAGCUCAGGCAUAUUCAAAUGAUCCUGAAGCAGCUGGUCUACUCAAUGGUUCUGGGUCAGGAGGACCAGCGUUCGGUGAAGGAGAUAGGGUGAAUGCAUGGGAAAGUAGAUUCGGUUGGAGAGUAGAUUUCAUGGCUGCUGCUACUUAUCUAGGUGGACCAGUGACGGCUUUACUCUUCCUGAUUCUCGAAACUCAGAAUGAUUAUGUUAGAUUUCACGCAUACCAAUCGGCCCUUUUCACUACACCGCUGCUCAUUUUUCUGUUGAUAUUCAAAUUGAUAAUCAGACUACCUAAAUUUUUAUUCAUAAUUUACAUCAUAGGAGCAGUAAUGGGAAUAGUAUAUACUUCUUUCAGAGCGUGGAAAGAUGCUCAAGAAGGUCUGAGUAGAUUCUGGCUACCUUAUAUUGGUGAGAUUGCUGAGAAAUGGGUGGGGGAGGAGUAA